AUGAUCGCCUACCUGCAGCAUACCCGCCAUUUGCUUGCAACAUUUGACGCUCAUCUUAUAAGCCAAGUACCACGCUUUGAGAACAGCCAUGCUGAUGCAUUGGCCAGGCUAGCCUCGGCCUUGGAACAGGGCACAGGUCGCCACAUCCACAUCGAGUUCUUGGACCAGCCCAGCACACAGGCACCGCUCAUCUGUAGCAUUGAUCAUAGCCCAACAUGGAUGGACCCUAUGAUUCAGUUCUUGCAAAACCAAACACUACCUGCUGAUCCGGCUGAAGCACGGUAUGUUCGCUAUAGCUCCACCCGAUACCUAAUCAUCAAUGGUGCCCUACACAAGCGUGGCUUCAGCCUCCCAUACCUUCGGUGCCUGACCCCAGAGGAAGGUAACUAUGUCCUAAGGGAGAUUCAUGAGGGCAUCUGUGGCAAUCACUCAAGCGCUCGCUCCCUAGCACACAAGGCCAUUCGGCAGGGAUACUUUUGGCCAUCAUUUCAUACGGAUGCCCAGGCCUUCACCCAGAAGUGCGAUAAGUGUCAGCGAUUUGCCAACAUCCCACAACUUCCAGCUGAACCAUUGACAGCCACGGUCCGCCCUCGGCCAUUUGCCCAAUGGGGACUUGACCUUAUUGGACCUAUGCCUGAGGGAAAGGGCCAAGUCAAGUAUGCAAGUUGUGGCGGUAGACUAUUUCACCAAAUGGGCUGA